AUGUCUCCCAGUGUUCUCAGUCCUAUGUUUGCGUCCACAGAUGAGUUCCUGGUAACUGGUCCCACUCACCCCAUAGUGGUGACGCUGGGUGGUGAUGCCAUUCUGCCCUGCUCCCUGUAUCCAUCCAUGAAUGCGGAGGACAUGGAGCUGCGGUGGUUCCGUACUAAGGUCUCAGAACCGGUGCUCAUCUAUCAGAAUGGCCAGGAGCAGAAUGAGGAACUGAUACCUCAGUAUGCAGGACGGACCUCACUGGUGAGGGGACGCCUGACCAAAGGGGAGGCUGCCGUGCGCAUCCAGAAUAUCCAGGUUUCAGACAACGGGAAAUAUACCUGCUUCUUCAAGAAGGGAGGCUACUAUAAAGAGGCUGUUUUAGAACUAAAGGUGGCAGGCCUGGGCUCUGCCCCACAAGUGCACAUUGAAGGGCCAGAGAAGGAUGGAGUUUGUGUGGUAUGCAAGGCCUCAGGCUGGUUCCCUGAGCCCCUGGUGCAGUGGAGAGACAUCCAUGGAGAGAAGUUACUGGAGUUCUCUGAGACCCACACCCAAGAUGCAGCAGGUCUGUUCAGUGUGGAGGCUGCUAUGGUGGUGAAAGACAGCUCUGCAGGGGAUGUGACCUGCUCCAUCCUCAAUCCCAUCAUAGGCCAAGAGAAGGUCAUGGCCAUCCCGAUCCCAGGCUGGAGGAAGGCGCUUCUGUAUGCUGAUUGGCGGAAGGAAGAGUUCCAGGCCUGUGAGUGA